ACAAAGUAAAACAACAAAACAUCCUAUCUAUUAACAAUAGAAACCGCUUCGAAGAAAACUGUAGGAGGCAAAAACACUCCGUUUUUCAAAAUCCAAGCCUGUCGUUGCUUCAUACACUGUUGAGUUACACAGAUUUAGGGUUUUCAGUUCAUCUUCUCAUGCUGUAGACGCUCAAAAUGAAGAAUCUUGCCAUCCCUUUGCCCACGUCGACGGAUUCGUUCAAGAUUCGGUUUUCUCAUCUUAUUCUUCAACACGUUCCUCAAUCCCAUCGCAGCAUCACUGUAAGCACGUUCUUCUCCCUCCCAUGUUUCCAUUCCAUCGCAACAUCACCUUAUAAAUACCCAUCAAUGGUAUGCUUUCAUCAAUCGGAAUUGGAGUUUGUUGUUGUUGUUGUUCUUCUUCUUCUUCUCUGUUUCUUUAUUGUGUUCUACUUCAAUUUUUAUGUUGUUCUAUUUCAAUUUUAUAUAUGCACACCACCUGUUUGAUAAAAUUUUGUUGUGAUUCUCAUCAACAUUAGAAGCUAUGGUGCAAAAAGGCAGUCCAGACUGUUGAUUUAUUUUAUAGUUACCGAACGCUGAGAGGUAUAAUGUUGUGUUUGAGAGCUUUGAGUGCUUCCCGUGACCUUCUAUGUUUUGUGUUUCCUGGCAGCAAGGAGAUUUCCAGGAAGCUGUUUUUUGGAACUGGUGAAGGUGCCAAGGGUGGAGUCAAAAUUAAGAGUAUUCGCUUUCAAAAUUCAGGCUCAGGUUACAAAAUUUAGGAAGAGUUUAAACACUGUGAACUCUGGCGGUGAAGAGCUCCGAAAAGUGACAAACUAAAGGACAUCAUGAAGAAAAUAUUUGUUUUGUGUAAUACAUUGAAUCAGGGAACACCAAGAGAUGUCAUUGGUUUAAUCUCUGGUAUAUCAAAUGAGAGGGAGUAUAUUCGUGCUGGCAAAGUCAUCAAGAUGGUUGUGCUUGAACUUACAGACAAUAGUGGUAAAUGUGAAUGCGCGUUGUUUGGUGAUCAUGUUGAUGAGUUGCAAAGAUUAAUUGGUAAUUGUCCUUCCGGUCUCCACGUUGUUGCACUACAGUUUGCCAAAGUUAAAAUAUUUAGAGGGAAAGUUUCCAUUCAAGAUGUUAUGAAUACCACAAGGAUUUUUCUUGACCCUGAGAUUAAAGAGACAUCCGAGUUAAGAAAGGGGUUAGCCAUUGCUGGUAUGUCAAACUCCGAAAAAAGUAUUGAGCAAAUUAAUGCUAUGAAUGAGGUUGGAGUGUUUGAUGUCUGCAAAGAGAAUCCAAUUGUUGAACUUUUUGAGUUAGAAGACGUUGGUCAAUCAGCCAAUAAACUUCCAUGGAGAUUGGGUGCUCACCAUUCUUACUCCCCCACUUUCGUUUUUCACCAAAUUUGCAAAUCUAAGGAUAAAGUGUUCCAGAGAAUUAAAAAAAUUGAUGCUCGAGGAAAAGGAAAAUUGAUUAUUCUCUGCAUAUACGCAACAUACCAUACCUUCCACACUGUUGCAAUCUAAGAAAUUUCAAGGAGGUUCCAUUGUUGUAUCAACUCAAUGACAUCAGCUACACAGUAAUUUUAUUUGAUGCGUUUAUUGUUCAUCUGACUUAUUUGCAUCUUAUUCAGCAUAAUUUUGUAUUUAUGUAAUUGUUAAUUUCCUUUUUUAUAUAUUCUAUUUUGGAUUUUUUAAUAACAGUUGUUUCUCUUUUUCUAUAUAUAGAUAAGGUCAUUUACAGUUCACUCCCAAGUAAUUCCAAUGAAUCUUAUAUUUCCAAUGAAUGAUAAAUUUGAAACUUUUUCUCCAUUGUCCUCGCUGAAGUCAAAUAAAUUGGAAUGGCAAAUAAAAGUUAGAGUUAUUAGUUUGACACAUAAUAGAGUUAUUAGUUUGAUAGGAUUGAGUUUUUUUUUUUGUAUGAAAUUAAGGGCAAUGAUUUAGCUGAGUUUGUUGCAUCUCAUGAGGAAAGGUUGGCUUCAGUGCCUUCUGGUUGUGGAUGUGUUGUUCCGCUGAAGCUAAAAAAGAGAAGGUGGAGGGGAAAGAUGAAUCUGAUGAUGCAACUUGCCAAGUCUAUUGAAAUUUUGUUCAAAAGAGUUAUGCACUGUGAUUCAAAUCCGGAGAUUUUGUUCGUUUCAAAACUGAUAGCCACAUAAAAUAAGUGUGAUAAAGGAUAUCACAUGUUAUCUCAAGCCUUUUAAUUAAUUAUUUUUUUGCCACAUGCCUUUUAAUUAUUUAGAGUUUGACUUAUAUGGGAUAUGGUGACA